AUGCUACGACGGAGCCAAUCGGCUGCCAACGAAGCCUUGUUAAACCAGUCCGAAGAUACACGCCGGCUCAAAUCAUUAACUGCACGCCCACAAUUCAAAUCAGUGUACCUUAACGCUUCUGAAGAUACCCAAGCAGCUGCUGGAAGAUUCGCGUUUCAGUCCAAGCACGCCUACCCUGCAAGGCCUCAGCAGGUCGAUUCGCUAGUUUUGGAAAAAGCCAAUGUCAACAUCAGUGCGAUCAAUUUGACCGGGCCCAAUUGCACGGCCGACGCGUGUGAGGCUAUCUUGCUAGGGAAAUACCCUUUCGUCUACGUGUGCAUCAAGCUGACCUACCUCGCUAGUCACGGUUACAUUCCCCUCGAUGUCGAGGAUUUAACAGCCACGACCGAGUGCGCCCGGCAGGCAGCUGCAGGCAUGCCUGCCUGCGACUGCUCGAACUGCCUCCCUGAAGCAGCGGAGGCCUUAUGGCUGGCCCAGUUAGCCUUAACCAACGCCAACUUUGAUGGGACAUUCAGCUUAUCGCCUGGCGACUUGAUGGAUCUGGUUCGAGAACUACCAAUGCCUCCUUUUGUUCCGCCUUCUGAUAUACGACGUGUCGCACUUCGCUGUUCUCGAGAAGACCCCAUCUUCCAAUUGCCCACAUUGGAAACCUUGGUGGCCGAUCUGACUUCUGCUUUCAAAAAAAUGUUUGAUAUCGCAUUUCCAACCGGUUCAGACCUGGGCCCUGAAGAUUACUUUGGUCGUGAACUAGCAUGGGACAUCGCCAAAAAUAUAGAUAUCUUAAGGGUUCCCCAGGAUUUAUGUGUCAUCCUUGGAAGUGAAUCGCUUACCGGCCAAUUUGAUGUGAUAUUCAAAUCGUUUCUCAAGUGGCAAGAGGAAUCUGAUUCACCUUCGGCAAUCACAUCAGCGGCCGAACGCCGGCGUAAAGCGUGUCGUACUCCUGCCACGCCCAAGGUGCACCAAUCCGUGGAAGGAGCGACAAUGGCCAAAGAACGUGCUGAGACCGACAAGGCCGAGCUCAUCCGCACGCGUGAGCUAGCUAAAGAGCAGAAUGCAUUGCAAAAGGCCGCGACUCGCGCGAAACGUGCACAAGACAAGCGUGAUGCGGACGCGCAACACCGCGCGAGGAAGGACGCGAGCUUGGCAGCGAAGUCUCGUCGCUCAGGGGUGCCUCCACCUCAGCUGGUUUCCCCAGAUUCUUCGAUCUCACAACAUCAGGGUUCUACGUCUUCAAAACGCCCGGUAGAAGAUACAUCUUUGGCACCCAAAACGACCAAAAGACAUCAGCAUGAGGGGCUGGACCGUGUGGGUGGUCCUUCGCGCAUAAGUGAUCCUCAGCGUAUUUGA